AUGAGGAUGACCUCAACGGGCCGACCCACCAGCUAUCUUCAGUACAAGCGGAAUCAAGAAAGGAUCGAAGAGACAAUGCUAGAAGAGAUUACCCAAUUCCGCGAACUAACAGGGAACAUCACCAACCAUAUAUCAGAACGGUCGUCGCCCCCUCCCCCCGCUACGAAGAAGGUCCAUCCAGACCAAGGACGGGACCUCAUCGAAACGACAGAGGUAUGCCCCCUAUUAUCUGCUCACAAUUUUUGUGUGUCACCUACAGAGAUAGUCUACGCCCUAGAGAAGCUCGGACCAAAAGUGAAGUGGCCACCAAAGAUGAGAUCAGACCUUAAUACCAGAAAAUCCGACACCCUCUAUGAGUUCCACCAGGAACGAGGUCACAAGACGGAAGACUGCAUUGCCCUAAGGCAGGAGGUCGUGAAUAUGCUACAACAAGGACAUCUUAAAGAGCUGCUAAGCGAUAAGGGAAGAACCAAUUUCUCCAGAGGACGCGAACAUCAAGGGCCACCCAAAUCGCCCUCACCAGCCCGUACCAUCAACAUGAUCAUCGAAGACGACACCUUUAUCAAUAGCGUGAAGUUCACCACUACCCACAAACUCAAGCGAUCUAUCACCUGCGAAUUGUGCGAUGAACUCGAAGAAAGUAUCAUCUUCGGCAAGUCGGAUGCCGACGGUUUGGUCUUUCCUCAUCAUGACGCCCUCAUUAUUACUCUGCGAAUUUUGGAUACUGAUGUUAAACUUAUUAUGAUAGAUGAUGGAAGCGGCGCAUGCAUUAUUCAUCCCCGAGUACUUACCCAAAUGAAACUCGACGAUAAGAUAGUGUCACGCUGCAUCACGCUAACUGAUUUUAACAAUGCAGUUAAACGGACAUCCGAGAAAAUUACUCUCCCCGUCUUGGUUGGCGGCGUAACUCUGGAAACAACAUUCCACAUCAUGGACCAAGAUAUCAUAGAAUAUUCAGCAUACAAGGAGAGCAAUGUACAUCCCGCGAAUGCUACCGCAUUGCUUCAGAUAGAACGGCCUCCCAACAAAGGAAGGACAAAGAAAAAGAGGCAUAGCAAUCAGCAGGGUCGAGGUCGGGGCAUGAAGAGAUCAGGGAAGGCAUCAAAGAUCCCGACAUAG